ACUCAAUCUCUAAGGUUAUGAAAUCUCUACUUCACGACCUGAACUAAGUCUUAUUGGCUGGAUUACCUUCUUUCAUACCAGAGACACUAAUUCGACUUAUACAAAUACUGUUUGAAAAUCUGUGAAGAACAACCAAACAUGGAAGCUCCUCUACAAGUAAUCUCCAAAGAGAUCAUCAAACCCUCAUCUCAAACUCCCCACCACCUCAGAAAGCUGAAACUUUCAUACUUAGAUCAAUUAGCACCCCCUGUCUAUGUUCCCCUCAUCUUCUUCUACGAAGCCGAUGAAUCAAGAGGCCUCACUACCUCUAACCAUCUCCAGCUAUCUCAACGCCUCAAACAAUCCCUAUCAAACACUUUAACCUCAUUCUACCCACUGGCAGGAAGGAUUCAAGAUAGCUCGCUCAUUGACUGCAAUGACGCCGGUGCUGAGUUCAUUGAAGCUCGAGUUCAAGCUCAGCUCAAGGAUGCUCUACAAGAGCCCAUCAUUCAGCAGUUGAAGUACCUUCCAGCAGACGCUACCGCGGGCAGCCUACUUGGGGUGGCUCUUAUCGUCGUGAAAAUCACUUUCUUUGACUGUGGAGGAAUCGCUGUCGGAGUUUGUGUAUCGCAUAAAUUAGCCGACUGCGUGUCUAUAAUGGCGUUCAUGAAUGCCUGGGCAGCCUCGUGCCGAGGGGAAGCUGAGUUUUCUCAACUGGUCAGUUUUGACCUGGUUACGUACUUCCCGUCCAGGGACUUCCCGGGCUCUGAUUCAAACUUGCCAUUUCCCUCAUCGAAAGAGAACCUAGUGACGAAGAGGUUUGUGUUUGAUAAGGAAAAAUUGGCAGCUCUUAAAGAAGCUGCUACUUCCCCCUCUGUGAAGGAUCCAACCAGAGUGGAAGUCGUCUCAGCUUUUAUCUGGAAACAUUUCAUAGAUGUGGCCAAAUUUGAAAACCCGGUGGGAAAAAGGACUUUUCUUGCAUCGCAUCCGGUCAAUCUGAGGCCAAGAACAAGCCCACAUCUGCAUUUGGAGAACAUUUUCGGCAACUGCAUCAUGCCAGCAAUGGCGACCUCGAAUCUGGAGGAUGUUGAGGACUUUCAUGAGUUGGUGAGUCGACUGAGAAGCGGGUUCAGAAGGAUCGACCGGGAUUACAUCGGGGAAGCGCAGAAUGGAGACAGUUAUUUGAACGAUAUCAUGAAUCUAAAUUGUCUGCUUGUGGAGGGAGGGUUAGAGAUAUAUUCCUGCAGCAGUUGGUGUGGGUUUGCUGUGUAUGAAAUUGAUUACGGGUGGGGAAAACCAGUUUCAUUCUGCACUUCAUCCUUACCCUUGAGAAAUAGCUCAAUUUUGGUGAAGAGUAGAUCAGGAGAUGGGGUGGAAGCAUUCGUUACCUUGCCUGAAGACAACGUAGAAAUUCUUGAAAGCCAAAUAAAACUCCUCAACAUUAAAGAAUCUGGUUCUUAUGAUAGGAUUUGGCAUGAUGAGAUUUGAUGGUAUGAGAAAUGAGACCAUAACUAAUCCCAUAAUCCAUUGAACGGUAUUUAGUUUGACGUAAUGUAUGUUUGGUAUCUUAUGUAAUAAUAUUAUAUCGUAUCUGGUUGAAGAAAUAACAAAAAUAUGAUUAAAUGUAAAAA